UAACCCCCCCUCCCUCCACUGUCUACGCCGAGCUCCAGGUUUUAGGGUUUCUUUUCUGCACUAUAGUCGCUGGCUGGUGGGAACUAACUAUGGGCUCGACGUCGCGGAGGAAUUAUAAAUCAGAGAGGCAAUCCCUCUUUUUUCACGAUCUUGCCUCGCCGGUCUCCGUCCAUCGCGCUGGCGGGAGAUUCACCAUCCCCGGCCAAGCGGCUGCCCUCUCCGCCCAAUGGCACGAAAACUUCGGCGGAUCGGAACCGCCGCCACCUCCUGUGUUCACACUGGAGGAUCGCCUUGAAUUCUCCCCUGAGCCCACCCUAGGCGAGUUUCCAGCCUCGCCGGAGCUGGGAUCUGAUUCGAGGACACCAAAUCCUUCGCGCGGAUAUUUAUCCUCUCCUUCUCUUCAUAGAAGCAGGGCGGCGGAACUGAGUAGUUCUGUGUUGGAAAAUGGUGGGUUUCAACUUGCGAAGCAGCAGCACCAGCACCAGCAUAGUCCAGGGAGCGCUAGCUGGUGGUCGCCGUUGAAGACUGGGGAGCCGGAGCUGGAGAAGAAGGGCAGAGGUUCUCCAGUUGAUGGUGAAGUGCAGCCAGGAGCACUAAUCAUGCUGCCUCCUCCAAGGGAAGCUGUUAGGCCGGAGAUGCAGAGGAAUAACCUAUCCAUGGGAGCAUUGAAUGAGGAAGAGUGGGUUACUGUUUAUGGGUAUGUGCGGUCAACGUAUUUUCUAUUAUCCACUUAUCCAUUUGUUAUGUGAGCUUGUGCAAGUUAU